CUGUUCCAGUGUCUCACCACCCUCACAGUAAAGAAUUCCUUCCUAACGUCUAGUCUAAAUCUACCCUCUUCCAGUUUAAAACUCCAAUUCUUUUAGAUGCUAUAUUCUUAUUUAGGUAUACAAGAUUUCCACCAUUUCUAUCAGCAUAAGAUCCAGGUUGGGAUCUGUUGGAUUUACUUCUGGGAUUGCAGUUUCUUUGAGGAAGAUACUACAUUUCUUGCAUGAUCCACUGAUAACAGCAGCCAGUUUAUGCUCUUACAACAGAGCUCUAAAUAGGUGGAGAAAGAUGGGAUCAAGAAGCAUUAUAAUUCCAUUUCCUAGUACUAAGUUUUCCUCAAGGGGAAGCACAGAAAAUCUGAAGUGCAACAGAGAUGAGGCUUAAAACUUAAUGUCUUGGCUGCCAUUAAGGCUCCCUGCUGGGGCAGCUCUCUGCCUAGUCACAUCCAGGAAUCAGCACUAACCUCUGGAAAAUUGCACUGAGGUCAGGCUGGGUGAUGGUGUGCUGCUGUGGGAGAUCAGGGCUAGCUGGUGUUAGCAGACAUGGCAGCCAGUGUUCUCCCAUCUGUGUGUGGAACAUCACUGACAUUUUCCAAAGUGAGAGUCAGAGGGCUGUGGAAAAGGGGCUGAUGAUUUAAAUUAGUUUCUGGGCAUAUGAUACUUGUGUCAGGACAACACUGAUGCUGCACCUUCAGUUUCUAGACUCUCCUCUCAUUGUAGGAUCCACGUGAUGACAGCUGACAUUCCUCUCUAAAAAAAGCUGCUACUCAUGGCUGGAGAACAGUAAAGCCUUGAUUCUGUUGAAGUCAACAGCAAAAUUCCCAGUUGCCCUGAGAGAGCUAGGUUUACGCUUCAGCCCUGGGAAACUUCAGUGAUGUUAUCCAGCAUGUCUGUGCAGGCAGCUCUGCCUGCAGAACAUCCAUAUGAGCCAACCUAAAUCUCUCUUCCCCAUAAAAUAGCUCUUAAACAAUCUAUCAUUAUAUUUAAAUGCAAAGACAAAUACAUAGGCCUGUAGAAUAAACGCCAAUUUUGUUUUAUAGGAACAGGAAACACUGACUAGCAAAAUUCAGUGUCUGCUCUAGAACACAGCACACAAGUGCCAAUCGAAGAGGUUUACCAGUAGGUGGUGAUAUUUAAUUAUUUAUUAGUAAUUUUCUAGCGCUACAAGCAGCUAUAUUCAGGGACUUCUAAACUUCUUGUUUAUGCUUUCCUUUCAUAUUGCUGCAGCUUUCUGAGAUACCUUUUAUAUGUUUCAGGAGCAUUUCCUAGCUGUGAUGGCACCUCCAGGCUGCACUGUGUCAGCCUGCGCUGCUCUACCAACCACUACUGGGCUGCAGCGUUGCAUUUUGUGCAGUUUCUUUAUUUUCUAUCUGCUGGUGAAAACUAUUAACCCAGAUCUCACAACACACUCAAGGGACAAAAAGUCAAUUGUGUUUUUUUUAACAGGGUGUACCUCUUAUUGACUUCCACUGAAUAAAGAGGCUUUAGUUAGCUGUGCACAACAUUGCUAUUUACAGGCAACUGCACUCAGCAGCCUUCUGUAACUCAGUCACACCCUUCUGUGCUCCAGCGCUCCCGAGUUAUGAAGCCAUCAGCAACCCUGGAAAAAAAACCAAUUAACCUCAGCUUGCCCUAUCAAUUAUUGUCUAUUUAUACACAGUAUGUGAGUCAUGACUAAUGAAAACCAUAGAGUUGCAAAGUAAGAGAUGAAGCUGGUUGGAUGGAUAAUGAGUUGUUUCCAAGCAGCUGUACAAAGUAAGCCAGGAGGUCUCUUAGGCUUCAGAAGUCACAGCAGUUCCUCUCCAGAAGCAAAGCUGGGCUUGUUUGCUUCACGGGAACAGCUCUGGAUCAUGGAGCCCAUGACCAAAAAUACUUCACAGACUAGAACAGAGGUGACAGGCAAGGGUAGCCAGUGUGCACCAGUAGCUCCUGGUAGCCAGUGUGCACAGUGGGCAGUUGUUAAAAUAUUUUCCAUUUUCCUUUAACUACCAUCAAAUGCACUGUUCAGUUUUUCCUCUGUUCUUAAAAGGUGAACGACCAAAACAGGCACAUGUGGUGCUUUAUUUGAGUUGAUGUCAUUGGCCCAAGAGGGGUAUAAUAGCUGUUUAUCAAGGGUGCUGCAAUGUAAAGGUUUCUUAAAUGGAAAAGAGGGAGGAUAUUUAAUUCUCCUAAGGAAAAUAAAGAAACAAAGCAAUUAUUUAAAGUAGACUGCAAAGCAAGUCUUGUUCUCUGCCUAAAUGUGGUUACACUUGUAAUACUGUUACACAUGAACAAAUCAAGAAAGGUUGGCAGUUUUAGAGAAAUUACUCCUGUUGUGGCAGCAGGGUGCCAUCUGUAACUGAUACUCUCAUCACAUGCAGUACAACUACCCAGAUCAUGUAGGGAAAAGACAAUGCAAUUGGCCACUCUGCCUGGUACAACACAUGGUGUUGUGAAGGGCCACAGGUAUCUGAUGCUGGAUAAGCAGCAUUGUGGGGUGUUAGACACAAAGCUGACAAAAAUUCCAACUUUCUUGUUUAGUGGUGUUUGGAAAUAAGAAGCCUGAGACCUAUUCAUGCAGUAAGAAUCAGAUGCAAACACAAUAAAGUGACCAUACUUGUUUAGGAUGAGGAAAUGACAGUGUGUAGUCAAAGAUGACACUCAGAACUAAAAUUUCACAUAACAGAAACAAGAAGAAAAUGGGAAGCAUGAAUUUUAUAGACUGACCCUGUUAAAACAAGCUGUUUUCAGCUGGAAAAAGCAGUUUUUCUAGGAAAAUAUAAGGAACACCUGUGCUAAAAAAGAAAUUAAAUAAGAGACUGGAUCUUAAAACUGAUGUGCAAAAGGAAGUGGCUUUCAAAUUAAGUGAGGGCAAACUUCAGUUCUGUAAAAUAUUUUUUUUUCUUCAGUGUAGAAAAUUAAAAAUUGCCUUCAAUGUAAUGGCAUUUGCUUCACUCCCUACCAUGGUUUGACACAAGGGCAGUACUUCUGUCUACGAGAUUUGCAGCUCAAUGCCUUCAGUGCAAUACUAGACAAGGCGGAACCUGGCAAAAAAUUCAAAUCCUUACUGUUUUGUUACACAGCUGUAGGGACCUCAGCAAAAACUGAUAAAAGAGUGAGGCUGAAAAAGGAAUAAAACCCAAGAGUUUUUCUCAGAAACAUAUUAGACCCCAAAUGGCAAGUGAGACAUCUCUAUAUGCUACUAAUCUGCCUCCUCAGUGGCUCAGUGCCAGGUGCAAGACAAGUCAAAUUUGGAACAUUCACUGUAAGCAAAAAAAGUUUAAUCUUAAGUGAUUAAAAUAGCAUCACAGUAGAAAUAACAUAGCUGAGCCCUUUUUUUUCCACUGGUCAUCCAACAACUCUCAUUAGGGCACCUGUUCAUUUCAAAUAAGAAGCAGCAUAGCUUCUGUCAGUUUUUCCUUAAAUUUUCUUGAAGACUUUAGAAAAAAACACAAGAGGAGAUUUCUAUUUAAUGAUUACUACAUUCAUACUGCAUUAUCCCUUUACCUUUUUUGAGCACUAAAAGUGCUCUCCUGCUCCCCACAGCUUAGCCUUGAGGGAAAACAGAAGGGAGAAGCCAGACGUAUUCUCCACCAAAUAGGAGCAUGUCCAGGAGCGCUCCUAGUGCUGACCUUUGGGCAGCUGGAAUGUCCCCAGCAGUUACUUCAUGCCUGGAUUAUCUCCAGCCCAGAGCUAGCAGUCUUUUUCCUCCAGUCUCCCACUUUGCUCUUUGUAGUAGGUCUCCCACUGUACCCAGUCCUCUUUCCCACCCAAGUCUUCUUGACUCCUUUCCCUCCUUCUGCCAUCUAGGUCAUUUUUCUUUCGAGUUAGCAAGGUGUGUCUCCCAUGUUGUUCUCCUAGCCACUCUGCAUUGGCUGUACUGGGAGUGGCUUCAGGGUGAGGAAUAUGCUUCCACAGCACAUGGCACAAUGGGAAUCUGUUCUUGGGGGUGUCCUUAUUAAUGUUAAUAUUGAAGAAUGAAUAGCCAAGAAAUUAUCAUGGCCAACAUGAGUCUUCAUUCAUGUUUCAUCGCAUGCUGUACACAUAUACCUCAUGUUCCUGCUGAAACACAUUCUGCUGCUUGCUGCUGCUCUAUUAAUAGCACUGCAGUGCAUGGCUUUGUACCCAAGAAAAUCUGUUUUUUGGGAUCUUCUCCCAGAUCUGUCUGCCCUAAGCAUUUGACUGCACUUCCCUCCCUAGCAAAUUAAGUCAUACCUCAUGGAGAAUUUAGUCAGCUCUUCAAUGGAAUGUCCCGUCCUGUCACUUGGGAAGGUUCCAUUGCCAAGGUCCCGGAGACAGGCAUACAUAUUGUACAGACACAUCUCAGUUUAUAAUCUCUUUGGUUCAUAAUGAUAGAAGUGAGCGAGGGAAAGGCUUGAAGUCUGGAAGUUAUGAAAUUGAAAGGAUUUUGAGUUUGAAAACAGAAAGGUAUGGAAUCAGGGGAGUAUGAUAUGUGCAAAUAGCACUCAGAGAAGUAUAUAAGAUGAGUAGAUGAAGUUUCUGGGCAAUUUCUUCUAUUUGAGUAGUGAAACAACUCCAGGAUUUGUGAUAAUUGAUUAAAGCAAAUACCAGAACAAAAGUGGCUGGUUAGAUGGUGCCCAGAAGGAGCUUUCCAGUUCUCUCUCCCAUCAUCCCCAUCUGGAGAGAAUGAGUGAGCAGAUGGGGGGUGCUGAGCUGCCUGCUGGGGUUAAACCACAACAGUCCUUUUUGGUGCCCAGUGUGGGGCAUGAAGGGUUUGAGAUACCAACAGAUUUGAUUGGAGUGUGGAGUGUGUUAGAUCAAAUUUACAGAUACUACAGCAGGUUAGCUGCUAAAUGGCAAGCUCCUGUGCUCAUCAUGGGGCUUGCUUGCCUUACUAUAUGUUAGAGACCAGUGCUUGUUAGUGGCUGAUUUUGCUUCUGCCAUGUCCUCUACUCCUUAUCAUGUUGCUUUGCUGUGCCUGGGAACAUUUUGAUAACAGCCAAGGCCGUAAGCCUGGGCUGGCAGAUGGCCGGGUCAUCACUGCUGUCCCUGUGAUGCUGCACUGGACAGGCUGGGACUCCAGACUGAGCUCAAGUCAGAGGGACUGUGACCUGUAGAUGAGUCCCCAUGGGAGCAUGUAUACCCCAAAGCAUCUGUGGGCAUGCAUAAGUCCACUCUGAAGCAAGCACACCUCAAAUUGUCUGUGGCUGUGGAGAAGUUCAUGCUGCAGCAGGUACACACCUUGCAAAGCCCAUAGAAUGUCUGGGGACAAGGCCAUACCAGAAUACCUCAAAGCAUCUGUGACCAUGGAUAAGAUCACAACACAGCAGGUGUCCAGAGGAACUGUGCCAUGUACCAUGCCAAGUACACCUCAAAGCAACUGUGGCUGUGGUUAAGUCCAUGCUGCAGCAGAUAUACCCCUAGAGGUGUGGCCCAUUAAUAAGUCUACAACAGGUCAGGUAUACUUCAAAGUAUCCGUGGCUGUGGAUAAGUCCACGACACAGUAGGAAAACCUCUGAAGGAACUGUGGCUCUUUAUCUCAACCCAGGAGUUGUCGCUUUCUUAUUCUCUCCCCCAUCCCACUUGGGUGGAGAGAGCAAACGGCUGUGUGGUAAUUAGCUGCCCACUGGGGUUAAACCACAACAAAUGGAGAAUUAGAAAGGUCUUAGCAAAGUAUGGACAGGCUAUCACAGAAUUACAGAAUGACUGCGGUUUGAAGGCACCUCAGGGUUUAUCUGGUGCAACCCCCGCUCCAGCAGGGACACCCAGAGCUGGGUGCACAGGCCCAUAUCCAGGUGGCUGCUGAAGGUCUUCAAGGAGGAGACUCCACAGCCUGUGGGCAGCCUGUGCCAAUGCUCUGUCACCCUCACAGCACAGAAGUGCUCCUGGUGUUCUGAGGGAACUUCUUUGUUUCAAUUUGUGCCUAUUGCCUCCUGUCCUGGCACUGGGCACCACUGAAAGGAGCCUGGGUCCGUCCUCCCUGCACCCCCCUUAAGUAUUUACAGGCAUUGAUGAGAUCUCUCUGAACCUCCUCUUCUCCAGGCUGAACAGGCCCCGCUCAGUGUCUGCCUUUCCUCACAGGAGAGGUGCUCCAGUUUCUUGAUCUAUGGCAGAACUCAGUGUGGAUGAUCAGAGAAAAUGGUUACAUAUGGAUAUAUUUAAACAGAAAGGAGUCAAUCAAAGAAAAUUAAAAAAAAAAAAAAAAAGAAAAAGAAAAAAGAGGCUUGGUUGCCCUGGGUGCUGAAAAUUCAAUACGUUCCUCAAAGUUUUCCUGAAACAGGACCAGAGGUCAUAUUCCAAAGCUGUAAAAGUGGCUGAAUUGGUGCUGUACAGCUUGAGGCAAGGGCAGAGAGCAGAAGAAUUAAAUGGAAAGAUAAAAAGCAAUUUGGAGAUCCAAAGACAUUGUAAAAAAUAAAAGCAGUGUGAUGAUCUAAAUCUGUUUUCUUUCCUCUUGCUCUGCAUUACAGAAAACCUAUUUCGUCCUUUCUAGUAGAGAAAUAUUGUUAGAGGAGUAAGUCCAUCCUUUUACCCACACCUGAAUCUCUCCCACCCCCUCUCGCAGCAGCGCACCACAGCCAGGUCAAUCCACACAAAGGAGAAAGGAGAGAAUGGGCAGGCUGGCAGCCAAGGGACAACAUGAACCGCAGCCACCAUUUACCCAGCCUGACUCCCCUGAACAUCUGUCAGCAGCCAUUUAAUUUAUUGCUAAACUUGAACUAUAGACCGUAAUUGGUAAAUCUGCAGGACAGAUGAAAACACACCUGAGAGGCCUUCAAAUUAUCAAGUAUUACAGCUGUUUGAUUACUUUGGAACCACUUCUGAUACUUGAUAUCAGCUCAAGGCCAUGUCUGCAACUGUCCACAUCAAUCCAGCGAAGAGCUCUGCAGAAAGAUGUCAGAGCAGAGACAAAGCAGGCUUUGUCCAGAAAAGGUUAAUCAAUAGCUUGCAAGGUUGACUGAGUGCCAUUAAAUGCAGCGGUGCAUCUACCGUAUAUAAAAUGUGACCGGUCAUUCCGUAUCACUCUCAGUCACCUCUUCUGCCAUAGUGGUAGUUAGCAAGGUUUCCACUUGGAAGUUUUGGAGCACUACCAGAAAUGUUCAUAGCAUCAUGGAUCUGGGGAAUAGUGAUAAUACUCUGUUGCAGUUUUUGGUUUCUUUUUGGGAGGAGGAGGAGGAGGCGCCAAGGAGAGCCACCACUUGAAAACGGGUUCCUUCCGUACCUGGGCUGUGCCUUGCAGUUUGGUGCCAACCCCCUCGAAUUCCUCAGGGAAAAACAGAAGAAGCAUGGCCACGUUUUCACUUGCCAAGUAGCAGGAAAAUAUAUUCAUUUCCUCACUGACCCUUUUUCAUAUCAUUCACUGAUGCGCCAGGGAAAACACUUGGACUGGAAAAAGUUCCAUUUUGCUACUUCUGCCAAGGCUUUCGGACAUGGUAGCAUUGACCCAGCAGAAGGAAACACCACUGAAAAUUUUCAUCAUACUUUCAUUAGAACUCUUCAAGGUAAUGCCCUAGAUGCCCUCAUCGAAGCAAUGAUGGAAAAUCUACAAUACGUCAUGCUGCAGUCAAGAACAUCUAAAUUUCAGCCUAACACCUGGGUGACAGAAGGACUUUAUACAUUCUGUUGCCAGGUGAUGUUUGAAUCUGGCUUUUUAACACUUUUUGGUAAAGAAUUUAAUCCAAAUCAGGACAAAAAUCUAUCAAAGCAGGAAACAGAGAGAGCUCAUAUCCUAAAUGCCCUUGAAAACUUCAAGGAAUUUGAUAGAAUCUUCCCAGCCCUUGUGGCAGGGCUGCCUAUCCAUCUAUUCAAGAGUGCCCACAGUGCCCGCGAGAAGCUCGGAGAGGCUCUGCUCCACAAGAACCUCCUGAAAAGGGACAACCUCUCUGAGCUUGUCAUGCUCCGCAUGUUCCUGAAUGACACUCUGUCAACCUUUGAUGACAUGGAAAAAGCGAAGACCCACGUGGCGGUGCUCUGGGCCUCUCAAGCCAACACCAUUCCUGCCACCUUUUGGAGCUUGUUCUACCUUCUUAAGAAUCCAGAAGCAAUGAGAGCUGCUACCAAAGAAGUGCAAAGUAUUUUGGAAAGUGCUGGACAGAAGAUCAGCUUAGAUGGCAACUACAUUUCGCUGAACCGAAAACAGCUGGAUAAUAUGCCAGUACUAGAUAGCAUCAUCAAGGAGGCAAUGAGGCUGUCGAGUGCAUCCAUGACUUUCCGAGUUGCUAAGGAGGAUUUCACUUUGCAUUUAGAGAACAGUUUUUACAACAUUCGCAAGGAUGAUAUUGUAGCUCUUUAUCCUCAACUGUUGCAUUUUGAUCCAGAAAUCUAUGCUGAUCCCUUGACAUUCAAAUAUGAUCGCUAUCUCAAUGAGAAUAAAGAAGAGAAGACUGACUUCUACCGCAACGGUCGCAAGUUAAAAUACUAUUAUAUGCCAUUUGGGGCAGGAAUAGCAAAGUGCCCUGGCAGGUUAUUUGCUGUCCAUGAAAUUAAACAAUUUUUGGUUUUAAUAUUUUCAUAUUUUGAGAUAGAUCUUGUUGACAGUAACGUGCAAUGUCCUUCUUUAGAUCAAUCCCGUGCAGGACUGGGUAUUUUGCAACCAUCCAAUGACAUUGAUUUCAGGUACAGACUAAAAUAUCUAUGAAUACAGAUAUUAUUAAAUCUAUAAACAAUGUACAGUAUAAAUACACUAUGUAACCUAUACUUUGUAUAUAUAUAAUAUAUAUUUGCAAAUGAAACUUUACAAAUCUCAGUGGAAAAAAUCUGUAGGAAGAUGCUACUUCAUCAGGCUAAUAGAAAAUAUGUUUUGUAUGCCAUAUGGUAGCAGCAGACAGUGUGUUUAAUGCAUGAUGACGAUAUAAAGUUUCCCCUUUUAGCAACCACUCUGAAAUGCAACUUGUGGUUUUGAACUGUGUGUAUACAGUAGUUAUUUGGGGUUUGUUUUGGUCAGCAAAUACUUUUUCAGAGUAAUAUAAUUAGAAGUUUACCAGGUUGUUCAAAAUUGUACAAAUUCAAGAAGAAUAAGUUAUAACAUGUUCUUUUUUAUAACUGAAAUGUUGGGGUGGAAGGUUCUCCCCAAGGGUGAAGUAAAAUUUUUAUUGUGUAAAGGAAGAAGGGAAGAAUUUCCUGGUAAAGUACCUUUAUGUUUUUAUGAAGAACUAGAAAAAGGCUUGAAUAAAAUCUACAACAAUUUUCACGUUCUAGUGAAAUUGCAAAACUUGUAUUAUAUUCAAUGUAAUAUAUUUCUUUUCAGAAAGUUGUAAAUGUAUUACAAUAAAUGAUAUUAUGUGUA